GUUUGAUUUUUCAAUGCGUGUUAUACACGCGAUACUAGUAAUUCGUUUCCUGAAUUUGAAAAGGAGGAACCAGUAUCAUUUAUCGCGUCGACUUCAGCGCCAUCAAGCACCACGGGACAAACGGUUUAUUCAAUUGUUUCGAAGCGUACAGUCACUGGCAUAUAUCUCGUACAUAUACACAUGGAAUGGCUGCCAUCUUUGUUGUUCCUUGGCGUGGUGCAUAGCCGGCUAGAAUUCGGAUUUUUAAGUACAUGAUCGUAUUUAUGUGUUUUGUGUCUUUGAGUGUUGAGAUUACAUAAAAAGUUGAACAUGAGCACGGACAGUAUUGAGAAGUUAUAUAAAAAUUUUGGUAUUCUUGCUGACGCCAAAGAUAAAAUGGCAGAGCAUGAAAAGGAAUACCUGGAAAUUCUUACAGCAGUGAAAGGUUCGCCCAAGGAGAAGCGAUUAGCCUCACAAUUUAUAGCAAGGUUCUUUAAAUAUUUUCCAAAAUUGGCCGAUCAAGCUAUAGAUGCUCAUUUAGAUCUCUGUGAAGAUGAAGACAUGGCUAUUAGAAAACAAGCUAUUAAAGACCUUCCUGCGUUAUGCAAGGAUAACAAAGAGCAUACGGCAAGAAUUUCAGACAUUUUAGCUCAAUUGCUCCAAGCUCAGGAUCCAUCGGAAUUAGCUGUAGUUCAUAAUAGUGUUAUGUCACUUAUGAAAUCAGAUCCAAAAGGUACGAUAAGUGGAUUUUUCAAUCAAAUUAUUAAUGGUGAUGAUGGAACACGUGAGCGUUGCAUUAAAUUUUUAGCAACAAAACUGAAAGCAAUAGGUCAUGAUGUUAUUACCAAGGAACCAGAAGACCUAUUGAUUUCAGAAUGCAAGAAAGUAUUACAAGAUGUGACUGCUGACGAGUUCCAUAGUAUUAUGGAAAUUCUUGCCUGGACUAGAUUAGGUUCGACGGUAAAUGGGCAACAGGAAUUAGUAGACAUUACGGUCGAACAAGCCGAAUUAUCUGAACCAUUUAAACAUACUAAUGUUGAACAAUGGAACAGGCUUGUACAAUGUAUUAAACAUGCACUUCCAUUUUUUAGCUCUCAAAUAGAUUCAUCGCGUUUCGUCUCCUAUAUAUGUGUACAAGUUCUACCGCAUCUCUCUUUGAUCUCUGCGCCGGAUGGUAGAGAUGUUCAAUUGGAAUUAUUAAAGCUGCUUGCCGAGCUAGCUGUAUUUUGUGGUACAAUUGAUAAACCGGAUGAGAAAGUGCAACAACUUUAUAAUACACUUAUAACGUAUAUGCCACUUCCACCGGCCACUGAAAUAACAGAGGUACCAAAAUUGCAAUUCAGUCAUGUUGAGUGUCUUAUGUAUGCCUUUCAUAAAUUAUGCAAACAAACGCCCGAAUUUUUAAUAAAAGAUCCGGAACAGCUCAAAGAAUUCAGACUAAGGCUACAAUACUUUGCACGUGGUAUUCAAGGUUACAUAAAAAAGUUAAGGGAAGCGAUUAGCGGAAAGUCAGAGGAGGAAUUGAAAUCGGAGGAAAACCAAUUGAAAGUUGUCGCGUUGAAAACAACCAAUAACAUUAAUACUUUAAUUAAAGAUCUAUUUCAUUCACCACCUAGCUUUAAGAGUGUUAUACAUCUCUCGUGGAAGACGUCUGUCGCCGAUAAAAAGAAUGAGAAGAACUCAUCUGCCCAGAAGAGACAUACUCCGAUCACAUUUGGCAACGACAGUAAUUCGAAUAAGCGUAGUAAAGAAGACAAAAGUAAGAGAGAAAUCUAUACUCCACCUAGUGGCAAAUACAGUUCAAACAUAUCAUCAAAUUAUGGUCGAGGUAGAUUUAGAGGAAACAGGUCAGGCGGUCGUGGCGGCUACAGGCCUAGAGGUCGCGGUACAUGGAGAAAGAACUUUUACUAACCAUCCAACUGGCUACGUUGUAAGCACAAAAUGGCAAGAGCUGCAAUAACAAGAAAGACUGUACCAGGUAAAACCAUUGUAAAAUGUACAUACAUACAAAUGAUGAUUGUAAAAGUGAUUAUUUACAAAGAGUGCUUUUAAGGGAACUGACGAAGAAAGUAUACUUUUUUUCGUUCUAUAAACGUAACGUAAAGGAAGCGUUCGUCCGUGCCGGUUGACCGUUGUGUAGAUUUACUAUGGUGUCGCAGGUUUGUUGGUGAAGAUCAGGGUUCCAUGGAUCCAUGUUUUUCCUUUAGAGCUGGCCAGCGAAUGAUUAAACAAAUGUACCGAAUUGUCAAGUGAUCUAGUAACUACAGUACGGAUUUUCCACGUCUUGGGGUUAGUGGAAUACAAAGCAUCGUAAAAAUAAAUAUGCGAUUUCUUCGUCGUCGAGGCAGUAAGUCUAACAUACUGUAGUAGCAGUAACAUGGUUUUCUCUGUAGGUUCAGUGUCACCGAUUAGAGUAUCGUAGUAUCGGUAACAUGGUUUCUCUAGUCAGAAAGUCACCUCUUAGGGUUUAAAUUUGAUUAUCGUUCUUGUGUGUGAUUACUAGCUUACAAUUUACAUUAUAUAUUUACAUAGUAUGCAGUUGUGUUGUAGUUUCUUCCUAUUAUUAAAUUGACUCGUUUCCCUAAUAAGUCGUGCUUCUUGUGUGUCUUGCACAUGGCGUUCUUAGUCUUUCAUCUUUGAUAAAAAUUUCUCUUGCUCUCUUUACACAAGAUGUGAAAAAUAUUUCUAUAAUUUCAGCUGUGCGUUUCCUCCUCUAAAAGAAAAGUUCUUCACAAAGUAUUCAUUAUAAUUCCAAGUGAUCCCUUGCCGAUGAAACUUCGUCCGAGACAAUUGAAACAUUAUUUUCUUUAAUAUUAUCGUUCCUCAGCAUGUGUGAAAUGUCUGCAAAAGUUGGAUAGGCUGUAUGAUGAAUGAAACCUCUAUUCUUACAUUAUCAGAAAAACUUUCCAACUCUCGAUUUAGUAUCGUGGACCUGGUAGUUACUAUUAAGUAGCAGUAGAAUAUAAUCAAGUAAGAAGAAUGGAGAGAACGGGGAGAUUAAGGUGAUUUUAUUUUAUCAAAAAUUGUGGCACUGUUUGUUGUAACAUCUAAUGCAUCUUUGCACACUUUUGUCUUUGUUAUUUUACUUUUUGUCAUUAAUAUAUAGUUUACGAAAUUCACUGCAUUGCAUUUGCAUCUUAUUUCGUUUUUGUUCACUUUCAAUAAGUGUGUCCUAAUCUUAUGUUUUAGUAACGUGUACAACAACUUUUCUUGUAACACCAUGUGUGUAUUAUGUCACACGAACGCUUUCUUCUUCCAGUGUGUAAGUGAUCUUCGCUAUGUUAGUUGAACAACUGACCUUUUGUGUCACAUAAAACUUGUACAUGUGCUUGAAGCUUUUACAAAAACACUAAAAUAUAAAGUGCAAACUGAUAAGUAAGCAGUAGUCCAACUUGAAUCUUGCGACUUCUUGACUAGAGAAACCAUGUCUUCGCUUUAAGGGUACUCUAGUCGAGACUAUCGAAGCUGCAGUGUAACCGUGUCGCCAUCGCUAUGGUACACUGGAUCCAUUACCUCGACUACAGAGAACUGUGUAAUUACCGUUACGGUAUUCUCUGUUUCACCUAUCUCGAGACGUGGAGAAACUAUGUGGUAGUCGUUAGGUCAUUUGAUAAUUUAGUGCAAUCAGUUGAUUGUUCUACGUUCAUCUUUUAAAACGAAACAUGGAGCCUUCAGGAUCCUUUGAACGACAUCAAGGAAUCCGCGACAUCAUAGUAAAACGUACGCGACGGUCGAUUGGCACGGACGAACGCUAGUGUCCUUUUCCUAUCCACCAUCAAACAAAAAUUUUGUAACAAUAAUAAUUCAUAAAUAUAUUAUCAUUUAACUUAAUAAAUAUCACUAUUGCAUAA